GCCCCGUUCACAGACCAUGUCGAGCUUGUCGUUGGUGCAGCUGCAGUGGCUGCUGGUGUGCGUGUCCGUGGCCGCUGCGGCCGCCUCCGCGCCGGCCACCCUCUCAGUCGACUUCUAUCCCAUCGUUGACGACACCUACGCGGCACCGCCGCCGCCAACGGCGCCGCUCCCUCACACUGGAUACUCGAGCGAACAGACGUACAACGACUACCGAGAUGGUGGUGCGCGUUCGGGCGGCGGCCAGUUUUCGAACGGCGGCCACAACAGCGGCUACCUAGACGAGCAGGAGGAGAAGGGCUCGAGCGGGCGGGAGGCGCUGUCCAUCUACGACCGCGCGCUGGCGGCGCAGCGCAGGAAACAGCACGACGAAGGCUACUACGGCGACGUGUCUGCUAAGCGCGCCGGCCUCGAGGACGGCCGCCUCUACCACGGCGGCCAGCAGUUCGGCCAGCAGGCCAGGAACCGCGAGGGCCUCGGCAACCGCGGCGGCCACAAGAAGGGCCACACCACCACCGGCUUCACUAAUUCGUACCACAAAGACGAGACGGGCAAGAAGACCGAGUUCUACGACUCGUCCAACGACGAGGGCGACAAGUUCGUCUACAAGGGCCGCGACGAGGCCUACGACGGACGCGGCAGUGACGUCUACCAGGGCGGACACCACAACAACCUUUAUAGGGCCGACUCGAGAGGGAGACAAGGCAACUUCGGCGGCGGCUACGACCUGGCCGACACUAAGGGCCACAAGAACGACUACGGUCGGCAGGAGUACUACGACCAGAACCGCGACUACAAUCGCAAAUCAGCGCAGCAGGACGCCAAGCAGCUCGGCGGCUACUACGACAACGGCAGCAGACACUCCUCUGCAGGCAACACGGCCGGCUACUAUGGCGGUGGCGGCGGUGGAGGCGGCACUCUCGGAUUCCACGGGGCUGCCCCGCCACCAGCACCCUACCCUUAUUACUGAAUGUAAGCAGAGGGCGUGGAGAACCAGAAGAAAGCGUAAUCCACGGUGAUGCCCGCAACGCACGUGCCUUAAAAAGAGUCUCUCUCUCUUCGACUGGUCAAUGUCACGCAUUGCUGAAAUUACGAAUCCCAGCACCUUGGAAUUACGCCGCACACGCACACCAUGUAAUUUAAGUGUCAAAUCAAAUAAAACCCGGCUCCCUCGCGAGUUGCAAAAAUUUAUUA